AUGUCCGAUCCGUAUCUAUGGGCUGAUUCAGACAGAAUUAUAAAACAAAAGGUCACACAAAAGCUCAAUGCGCCACUCCCAGAUUUUAGGUGGACGGAGCGGGGCGAGAUGAUUAAUCAUAAAAAGGGGCUUGACGUGAUGGCGUCAACGACGGAUGGAAAGUAUGUCAUUUCAAGAUAUAAACAUAACUAUAACAAAGCAACGUAUAUAUCGACAACACCUGAAUACACGGCGCUAGGAAGUCAAUUGGACUUGGAACAGGCAAGAUUUGUGUAUAAUUUGCUUCUUUGUGACAAAGGAAGAUGCGCUUACGAUAAUUGA